CUUUAAUAAGAGGGUUUGAAAUAUUACAAUUCAACUCUUAAGUGUAUUUCUUCAAUGAACUCGUCGAAAAGAAGCUAGGAAAACACCACUUUGGGGCGUUAAGAAUACGUUUAGCGUACUGAUAUAUCGGUAUACAUGCCAUAUCAAACGUCUUUCACAUUCAUACUAUUUUACAGCAAAACAUCACUUACACGUAUAAUAAAUACUGCCAUACACAUAUUCAGUGAAGUAGCCCUAUUUGAAAAUAUAUUUUUUUGUACUUGGCUUGGAACACUGCGUGUGGUGCGUUUGGGUGUCACCGGACUUUGCACCUGUCUCGCGUUUCCUCGAAAAGUGUCGAAGGUUAUGGAUCGGGAGGAUCUUGCUAGGAAGAAUAGCAUCGAUGAUUUGACGAAGAAAGCGCUGCAAGAAUAUGAGCGCCUGCAAAAGAAGCACCAGGCAGCAAGCAUGGAGUGUAAGGCCAUGCAGGAAGAAAGAGAUGAGGCUAUGAAAAGGCUCCAGGAAUUCCAUCAAGUUGCCAGGCUGGUGAUCGAAGAGGUGGCUGCCAUUCAGGAGAAGCUGGCGAUUGAGAGAACGUGCAGAGAAAGCGCCGAAGCCCUGGCCUCCAAGUUGAAUCGCCAGAAGCAAUCUCUGAAACGGAAGAGUGUGAUGCUGCUGUCUCAGGUCAGUCCGCAGACCAUCACAGACAUCAGCCUUCACCAUGACGAUGACGAGGAAGAUGACGAUGAAGAGGAAGAAGAUGAACAGUGCCAGACCAAAAUCUCAGAGCUGCAAAGUGCCCUGUUGACACUGAGGAAGAAAGAUGAGGUACAAAGCUAUGACAUCACAACGCUGAGGGAACAACUGGAGGAAAGCACACAACAACUGCUGAAAGAGAAACUUGACAAGACUCUCGUCAUUGCUGAGACGGAGCGGCUAACGAAGCUGCUAGCAAAAUACAACACAGUGUCUGAGGUCGCUGUGGAGGAAUACAAAGCCAUACAGGACACGUUGACGCUUGAGCAGGACCUGCGAGAGAAAGCAGAGAAGUUUGCCAGAGCCAUGGUCGUCGAGCAAACGGCGCUAAAGAGACAGAGCCAGAUUCUGAUGGAGACGUCCUCGCCAGACCGAGCUCUCCAGGAAGCACUCAGCCAGGUCAGCAUGCUGAGCAGAGAUUUGGAAGCACAGAGGCUGGAGCACCACGAGCAGAUCAAGCGGCUGGAGGACAGACUGAGGAGCAGCCAACCCGAAAAGGAGCUGACAGCCCUGAGGUGGAAACUCCAGCUGGUUGAGGAGGAGAAGCGCCAGUGCAGCGACACGUGCUCCAAGGCCCAGGCAGAGGUCCAGCAUCUGAGCUCGACAGUUGAACAACUUGAGAAAAAACUGCAAGCAGCGACCAAGCCGCCGCUGCCUCCUGCCCCUCCUCCUCCUCCGCCUCCUCCACCUCCUCCUCCAGCCUCAGCAGCCUCCAACCCACUCAGCUCCCUGCUGUCCUUGUUGGCACGCAGACAAAUGACAAGCAGCCAUGUUGGCCAGACGCCAUCUUCAACACUUGACGCGGCUGUCAGGCAGCAAGCGGUACAGGAGAUGAUGGACAGGAUCAAGAACGGAGUUCAGCUUCGGCCUGUCAGCCAAAGACCUCCUAACAAGAGACAGGCUCCGCCUCCUCCUCGUCACCUGGAAAAAAUAGAAAGUAGAAAUAAGUCAAAUGCGAUGGAGAACACGCCCUCUCGUUCUGCCUUCCAGGAACUUAAAGCAAUUAUGGGUGAUUUGACCACAAGUGCGUCUUCAUCCACGAGCUGUGAUGAGGAGCUGCAGAAGAUCCUGCUCAGACGCUGCCGUGCGCUGAAGGCAACACCACAGUAGUAUCUCAUCUUGGGUCAUGUGACUCCACUGCUUUUGGCGAUGAGGUUAUGGCUAUGAGGUAUGUUCGUAUUUCACGCAGAGAUGGAAUCUACUUGAUCACGUUUGUGCUUCAAUCAGAAUAAACAUUUUUGCGUUUAACGUCUAUCCGUGUGGGAAAAGGUUCUCGAGCCAUUUCUAAAGCUUUGGGACUCCAGCCAACCACAGUGAGAGCCAAGGGGUCACAAAAGACCCCCAAAACACCAUGCAGGCCUUGCUUGCCUCGAUUAAGAUUGGUGUUCAUGACUCCAGACAAGGCAGGCUGUUGGUACUUAAUAUUCAUGACUAUAGGGUUGUUAUUCCAUGUCCAGAGGGCUCUAACAGUGUUUUAAAAAAGUGUAAUUGGAAGGUGGUAAACAGGUAUUCUAUGUCUUAUUGUCUCUUAUUAUGUCUACUACAUUGGGUAAUAGGAGUGUGUAGGUGACUAUAGGGUUGUUAUUUCAUGUCCAGAGGGCUCUAACAAUGUAAAAAAAGUGUAAUUAGAAGGUAAUAAACAGGUAUUCUAUGUCUUAUUGUCUCUUAUUAUGUCUACUAUAUUGGGUAAUAUGAGUGUGUAGGUGACUAUAGGGGUGUUAUUUCAUGUCUAGAGAGCUCUAAUGUUUAAAAUUGUAUUUAGAAGGCCAUGAAUUAGGUAUUUUAUGUCUUACUUUCACUUGUUAUGUCUACUAUAUUGGGUAGUAGGAGCGUGUAAGUGACUAUAGGGGUGUUAUUUCAUGUCUAGAGGGCUCUAAUAAUGUUUAAAAUUGUAUUUAGAAGGUCAUGAACAGGUAUUCUAUGUCUUAUUUUCUCUUAUUAUGUCUCCUAUAUUGGGUAGUAGGAGCGUGUAGGUGACUAUAGGGGUGUUAUUACAUGUCCAGAGGGCUCUAAUAAUGUUUAAAAUUGUAUUUAGAAGGUCAUGAACAGGUAUUCUAUGUCUUAUUUUCUCUUACUAUGUCUACUAUAUUGGGUAAUAGGAGCGUGUAAGUGACUAUAGGGGUGUUAUUUCAUGUCUAGAGGGCUCUAAUAAUGUUUAAAAUUGUAUUUAGAAGGUCAUGAACAGGUACUCUAUGUCUUAUUUUCUCUUAUUAUGUCUCCUAUAUUGGGUAAUAGGAGUGUGUAGGUUACUAUAGGGGUGUUAUUUCAUGUCUAGAGAGCUCUAAUCAUGUAAUGUAAUUGUAUUUAGAAGGUCAUGAACAGGUAUUUUAUGUCUUAUUUUCUCUUAUUAUGUCUACUAUAUUGGGUAAUAGGAGUGUGUAGGUUACUAUAGGGGUGUUAUUUCAUGUCUGGAGGGCUCUAAUAAUGUAAUGUAAUUGUAUUUAGAAGGUCAUGAACAGGUAUUCUAUGUCUUAUUUUCUCUUAUUGUGUGUGUUAUUUCACGUCUAGAGGACUAAUGGGUGGAUGUCCCACUUUGUUUGUUUGUCAUUUGUUUGAUUUCCCUUUU